AUGGCAGAGUCAGUUGGAAUCCUAGGUGCCGGGAUAACAGGUCUUGCAACUGCCUAUGUUCUCUCUUCAAAGUACAAAGUGACAAUCGUGGCACGGGAUCUUCCCGGAGACCUCGGUUUGGAUUGGGCAAGUCCAUGGGCCGGUGCAGUGUUUCACCCUCAGAAAACCCCGAUUAAAUUAUGGCAGGACAUGCAAUCAGCUUGCUUUCGGUUUUACUGGGCCCUUGCUCACAAUGACCCCUCAAGUGGUGUCAAGGUUUACCCUAUGACAGAGUAUUUUGACACGAUCCACGAUGAGUCUGAGAUAUGGUACAAGACUUUGAUGCCAGACUAUCGAGUCAUUCCUGCCGGGGAUCUGCCUCCACGAACGACCUUCGGGAUCAAAUAUACCGCGUUGGCGAUGAAUCCAUCCAUGCUGCUACCUUGGUUGAAGGCCAAAUUAAUCGCCAAAGGUGUCAACUUUAUUCGAACAGAGAUAAAGUCAGUCGAUGAAGUUAGAGCUAUUACGAAGGCGAAGCUCAUUGUCAACGCUUCUGGCGUUGGGGCUAGGGUAUUCGCUGGCGAUGAGAGUGUCAGCCCAGUCCGCGGCCAGACCAUGUUCGUCAAGACAGACUUCAAUGAACUGGUCAUGAAGGAGGGCACUGAAUACACUUAUGUGAUACCUCGUACAAAUUCUGGUGGGGUGAUCAUGGGCGGCAUCAAAAGCGACCGGCUGGACAGUGAAGUGGAUGUGAAAUUGAAGAGCGACAUCUUGAUGAGGGUCAAUCGAAUUACUAAUGAUGCAUUUAAAGAUCUCGACACCAGUACGGUUACAGAUAUCGUUGGAUUCCGACCUGGGAGAAAGGGUGGACUGAGAGUUGAGCGUGAGGGUGAUGUUGUCCAUGCUUAUGGCGUCGAAGGUGCCGGAUAUAUCUACUCAUUCGGCGUGGCUGAAAGAGUGCAAGAAUUGAUCGAAGGUUCUGGCCUCAAAGCAAAGCUAAACGACCCAACCACUCUCCACGCCGAGCCACCUUUCUGCUGUGACGAGAUUUACCCCUUCAAAGACCCAAAAACUGAUCAUGAAUGGGGUCUCUGGUACUUCACCGACCUCAUCAAGGUCCCCUCAAGCUUCCCAAAAUACGCCCGAAAAUAUCCUACUUCUCUGCUCAUCGACUGCUGGCUACACGACACCGACUCGAUCAUCGAACUUCAAAAUUACGAGGGUGCUGAGAAGGUCGAGAGUCGGUAUUUCUUCCCCCAGCCAGAUAUCAGUAGUAUGAGCAGGAUGUUUGUGGAAAUGGAGCCUGAGAUGGUCAAUUGGAAUGUUUGGAAGAAAGAUUGGGAGACGCUCAAGUUGCGAUGUGAUGUUCAUCCGGGAGACAGACAUUGGUGGGUGGUGAGACUGCUAGAGCGAGUCGACCCAGACGUGGAGAGAAAAGAGGUCCUUGCUGUGAAGAGGACAAAGAAAUCUAAGCCGGUGUUUGACGAGGAAUGA